AUGGUCAGACUAAGUGAUCGCCCUACAGCUUGGACCAAGUGGCUUUCUUUGGAUGAGUGGUGGUAUAACAACACUUUUCAUGUUUCUACUGGCAUCACUCCUUAUGAGGCCUUGUAUGGUCAAGUUCCCCCAACCUUGGUGCACUAUGUUCCUAAUGGAACUGCUGUUGCAGCUGCUGAAAACUUGUUACAUGACCGUGACACUAUCCUUAAAUUGCUCAAGGAACGUUUGGCUACCUCACAGCAUAGGAUGAAACAAUUUGCAGACAUGCACAGAUCAAAGAGGGUUUUUGACGUUGGUGAUUGGGUUUUCCUUAAGCUGCAACCUUUUAGGCAGAUUACACAAAAGGUGGGACCAGUGGCUUACAAACUGGAUCUACCCCCUUCUUCCAAAAUCCAUCCAGUGUUCUAUGUUUCGCUGUUGAAAAAGAAGUUGAUCAGUACUGGAGUGGUAGUUCAAAAAGAGCUGCCCUUGACUGGGGACGAUGGUCAACUUCAGUUGGAGCCCAUUGCUAUCUUAGAGCGAAAGUUGGUUAAGAGGAACAAUAGGCCUCACAUUCUAGUCUUAGUUCAGUGGUCCAACUCCAUCCCUGAAGAUGCAACUUGGGAGAAUUGGCAUGACUUGCAUCAACGGUUUCCUCAUUUUCAACCUUGA